AGUGAAGUGGAAAGGUAUUACCUAAUCCAUAAUUUUUUAUUCAGAAACUCUGUAUUAACUAAUCCAUUCAAACUUCAAACAGAUCAAAACGACAACAGAAACAGGGUUGAAUGGCAUUUUAAAAAGACUCUCCUCGGUUUAUAUACACCAUAUUUCAAACAGGUCGACGAGAGACGAAUUGACAGGUCUCUCUCUCUCAUCGACGACUUGCCAAGGUCUCUCUGUAGUUAAUAGACAACAAAAAUGAACUGUUCGACUUUGGUUCUCUAUGAAUGGAAAAUUUUCAAUUCAUUAUCAUUCACAUUCAUCUCCCUCCUCAUUAGGAAUCUUCAUUCUUUAUUCCCGCAUUUUCUAAUUUUUCCAUUCCCAAAUUCUUUUAUUUAUUCAAACCUAUCAGAUAAAAUUAUACCCAUUGACAUCCUAGAGAAUUGUUAUCAAUUUAGCUUACUCAGUUGGGUCGUCUUGUACACCCACCAGCUAUUCGAUCAUUUGUCAGCCUCCUACGAGCUACCCAAACUCAAUCCAGUGUCUACAGAAACUGGGUAUCUUUCAUAGUUUGAUUUGAAAUCUAUUAUGGUUAUUUUCUGAGCAAUCUCUUGGUUGCUUUCUACUUGUUUGAUAUAGUUUCACACAUAAGUGUGUUUACAAAAUUCAACAAGUGUUGAGGAGUAUUGUGUGUUCUGUUAUGGCUCAAUUCUCAUCCCAAAGCUCGCAGAACGCUCAAAGUGUACAGCAUGUGCCAUUUCAGACCUCGAACGGGUCUCUGAAUGUUUUACUAUUACAUGGGAAUUUAGAUAUAUGGGUCGAGGGGGCUAAGAACCUUCCUAAAGGUGACAUGUCUCACGUGAAAUGGGGGAGGAUGUUUUCCCGAUUAAUCGGCCUUGUUGAAAAAUAUGUCAUAACAACUGAUCCAUAUGUUAAAAUUUCAGUAUCAGAUGCUGUUAUUGGGAGAACUUUUGUCAUCAGUGACAAUAAGAACCCGGCUUGGAUGCAGCACUUCUGUCUUCCUGUUGCGCAUUAUGCUGCAGAAGUGCACUUCGUUCUUAAAAACAAAAUGCCUUUGGGUUGUUUAAUGAUUGGCGCUGUUGGGGUUCCGGUGGAGCAAAUAAUUUCAGGCACAAAAGUUGAAGGUAGCUUCCCAAUUUAUAAUUGGAGUGGGAGGCCAUGUGACCCUGAAUCUGUCUUAACUGUAUCAAUCAAAUACACUCCAAUUGAUAAAGUGGCAUUGGACCAUGUUGGGGUGAGUUCAGGUCCUACAUAUCAUGAAGUGCCAGAUGCCUAUUUCCCGCUUAGGAGAGGUGGAACGGUUACACUUUAUCAAGAUGCCCAUGUCCCUGAUGGUAAUUGCCUUCCGAAUUUGAAGCUUGAACAUGGCAUUCAGUACGAGCAUGGUGAUUGUUGGCGCGACAUCUCUGAUGCAAUAAGUCAGGCCCGCCAUUUGAUAUACAUCACAGGCUGGUCUGUGAACCAUAAAGUUAGACUUGUCCAGGGUAAUGACACUACAAUAGAUUGCAAUUUAGGAGACCUUCUUGAAACCAAAUCAAAGGAAGGUGUGAAAGUGCUGCUCCUUUUAUGGUCUGAUCCUACUUCUAUGAAUAUUUUGGGUUACAAAAAGGUUGGGUAUAUGGACACCCAUGAUGAGGAGACCCGUCGUUUUUUCAAACAGUCUUUAGUGAAAGUGCUACUUUGCCCCCGAUCUGCUGGAAAUGGACAUAGCAUUCGCAGAAAGCAGGUAGUAGGAACGAUCUACAGCCAUCAUCAGAAAACUGUGAUUGUCGAUGCUGAUGCAGGUCAUGGCAAGAGAAAGAUCAUCGCAUUUGUUGGGGGUCUCGAUCUAUGCAUGGGUCGAUAUGAUACUCCAAAACACCCUAUUUUAAGCACAUUACAAACUGUGCACAAAGAUGAGUGCCAUAAUCCUAAUUUCACGGGGCCUGCUGUUGGAUGUCCCAGAGAAGCGUGGCAUGAUUUACACUGCCGAAUUGAUGGUCCAGCAGCAUAUGAUAUCCUCACCAACUUUGAGGAACGUUGGUUCAGGGCUUCAGAACCUCAUGGAAUAAAUAAAAUGAAAGUAUCAUAUGAUGAUUCAUUACUUAGAAUUGAUAAAAUUUCUGAUAUCAUAGGAAUGGCUGAUGUGCCCUUCCUGGGAGAGGAUGAUCCUGAGGCUUGGCAUGUCCAGGUUUUUCGUUCAAUUGAUUCCAACUCUGUUAAGGGCCUUCCAGAAGACCCAAAAGAGGCAACAAACAAGAACCUAGUAUGUGGGAAGAAUGUACUGAUAGACAUGAGUAUACAUACAGCAUAUGUAAAGGCAAUUCGUGCUGCCCAACAUUUCAUUUAUAUUGAAAACCAAUACUUCAUUGGGUCAUCAUAUAACUGGACUGAUUACAAAGACUUAGGUGCAAACAAUUUAAUUCCAAUGGAAAUUGCUCUCAAAAUUGCUAACAAAAUUAGAGCAAAUGAGAGGUUUUCAGCAUAUAUUGUCAUCCCAAUGUGGCCAGAGGGUGUUCCUACAAGUCUUGUUACUCAACAAAUUCUCUUUUGGCAGCAUAAUACUAUGCAAAUGAUGUAUGAAGUAAUUUACAAGGCUUUACGAGAGGUAGGACUUGAAAACAAUUAUGAACCUCAAGACUAUUUAAAUUUCUUCUGCCUUGGCAAUCGUGAGGCUCAAGACGCUUCAGAUGAAGGAAGUCCUAUUCCCUCAGAAACUCCCCAAGUACAUUUCUCAGACACUACAGAUGAGGGAAAUCCUUUUCCCUCAGAAACUCCCCAAGAACUUGCUAAGAAAAAUCGACGCUUCAUGAUUUAUGUCCAUUCAAAAGGAAUGAUAGUGGAUGAUGAGUAUGUUAUAUUGGGGUCUGCAAACAUCAAUCAACGUUCCUUAGAAGGCACCAGGGACACUGAAAUUGCGAUGGGUGCCUAUCAACCUCGGAAUACUUGGGCGAGCAAAGGCUCUACUCCCCAUGGACAGAUCUAUGGGUAUAGAAUGUCACUAUGGGCAGAGCACAUUGGUUUUCUAGAGGAAUGUUUUGAGCAACCUGAUAGUCUCGAAUGUAUGAGUAGAGUAAGAUCGCUGAGUGAGCUGAACUGGAAUCAAUAUGCUGCUGAUGAAAUUACUGAAAUGAAGGGUCACCUUCUCAAGUACCCAGUUGAAGUCGAUCGAACUGGCAAGGUAAAGCCUCUUCCUGGUUGUGAAACAUUUCCAGAUGUGGGUGGAAGCGUUGUUGGUGCAUAUACAACCCGCAUUCCAAUUAAUCUCACCAUUUGAUCGCCCCUUUGUCUUAGUGGCCACCUGCCUCCUCUUAUCAGGCUUCUCUUAUACAUAAAAAUUCAACAGAUUCAAUCAUCACAAACUUCUGCUCAAAUUCUGGUUGAACUAGUGUCUCAUGUACCCGUCACGCUACAUGUAUAUUUUCUUUUUCACGGUCCGGUUUCUAGUUGGUAAGAUUUUAUUUUAAAUUGUUUUUGGGUAGAAGUUGGUUAAAGUUUUAUUUGUUCAGACUUCCUGUGAAUCAUAUGAAUUCAUUUGGAGUUCAGUUCAUAA